AUGGAUUUAGCAGACCAAACUUUGGCCGCACCGAACUCGUCAGAGGAUACCAAUGGCACAAAUACGCCGAAACCUCCACCACAUUCACAAUAUGUGUCCGUGUUCAUUGUUGUUGCGGUCACAAUUAUCAUUCUGGUUACUAUCGUGGGGAACGUACUGGUUGUGGUCGCCGUUUUCACAAGUCGAGCUCUCCGCGCGCCACAGAAUCUCUUCUUGGUCUCAUUGGCUUCUGCGGACAUUUUGGUCGCAACUUUGGUCAUCCCGUUCUCCCUUGCCAAUGAGGUCAUGGGGUACUGGUACUUUGGCAGCACCUGGUGUGCAUUCUAUCUUGCCUUGGACGUCCUCUUCUGCACGUCUUCCAUCGUCCACCUUUGUGCCAUAAGUCUGGACAGAUAUUGGUCUGUGACCAAGGCGAUGAGCUACAACCUGAAGAGGACACCCCGACGAAUUAAAUGUAUGAUCACCGUUGUCUGGGUCAUAUCGGCGGUCAUCUCCUUUCCGCCACUUAUCAUGACCAAGCACGAAGAGCUGGAGUGCUUGCUCAACAACGAGACCUGGUACAUACUUUCUUCAUGUGUGGUCUCAUUUUUUGCCCCAGGUUUGAUCAUGAUUCUGGUGUAUUGUAAAAUCUACAGGGUGGCAAAGCAGCGCGCAGCGACCGUGUUCGUCGCCAAGAACUGCAUGGAGCGCCAGCCCUCACAGUCAGAGACUUGCUUCGUGCGCAAGAGCAAGUUUGAUGUGGAGAGCCCAAGUAGUCACAGCUCUGGUAGUAAUAACAGGAAAGGUGAGCUGGACGACAUCGAUCUGGAGGAGAGCUGCGUCACUCGGAGCCACAAACAGAGUAUCUCGCGUUUCUACACAAAGAGGAAAGCGGAGCCGAACAACGUGUGCCCCAAAGAAAACGGGGGUGUUUCGUGGCCAUCCAGUCGAACCGCGAAGCUCUUUCAGGAGCCAAGGACUAGACAGCCCUCCGUGUCAAAGACUAAACUAGCACAAAUGCGCGAGAAACGCUUCACAUUUGUCCUUGCCGUAGUCAUGGGGGUGUUUGUACUUUGCUGGUUUCCUUUCUUUUUUACUUACAGCCUCCAUGCAAUAUGUAGAGAAAGUUGCACGAUACCAGACACUCUCUUCAAUUUGUUCUUCUGGAUCGGAUACUGCAAUAGUUCCGUUAAUCCUAUAAUAUACACAAUUUUUAAUAGGGACUUUCGGAAAGCGUUCAAGAAAAUCAUCUGCCAGAAUUCUAAUCGCCAAUAG